UAUCACCCCAAACUACUCACUAAACAGCAGAAGUCAUGUAGCCUGUACACCGGGCAGCCAUUUUCUUCAAAACAAGUUCUAUUUGCCAUGCGUAGAAGAUAUAAGGUCCCUUUUUAUCAACCCAUCCCACCCAUUUUGCUUGAAAUUGGAACAGUCCGUCUGCCAAGCCGGUGCAGGGGGAAUGCCGCCCGGCCUUGGGGCCGUCAGGCAGGGCACGUUAAGUGUCACUGCAGCUGUACUAGUUAUAAGGGUCGAAAACAGGGGUUCUAUUUUGUAGUGACGAGUGAUGAGCUAUUGGAAGGGAAAGACGAAAAUAUAUAUUGCCCAAGGAAAACAGUCCUGAAUUACUCUUCACCGAAAUCUACCUGGUCUCCAGUGUUCACGUCCGUUUGAUAAACUCUGCGUGAAGAAUAAAGCGGACUACCUUACGCUGUACAAGAAAAAGACGUCUACGGCCCACGAUUGAACAUUUUCCUGGCCUUAAAUUCGCAGAUGGCCUUGUUUCUGAUGAAUUCCAAACUCAUAACAGUACGGUAAGAUGGAAUCUUCCGAAAAGAGACAGACGUCUGAGCCAGGCCGUGAGUCAGUCCUGGACAUAGCAGACGACACGAGGGUCUGGAUCGUCCCUGAGAACGAGUUCGACCCACAAUUCCUGGACCAGCUGUCGUUGGUCUCGUUCCCAACUCAGUCCGAGUGGAUCGUGUCGCCGCCGCAUCCAGGACAAGACGGGCUGGCAUUCUGGAUUCCUGUCAAAGACGACUCCAAAAAGAGCGGGAAACGUAAGUUGAAGUCGCCCUAUUCAGUAAUUCGUCCGACUGUUCCUCCGAAAAGAAAGGAAGGCUAUCUACCGAAGGCUCUGGCGGGGGUUGUGGAUACUCUGUGGGCCUCUCGUGGUUUUGCAGGACACCUGUCAGCGUUGCUGAACGAUACAACACGACCGUUCGCGCCUCUUCCAUUCGAACAUGUGACUCAGCUUCGAGCUAAGCAGCAAGUAACAGCAUCACCUGGUGGAGACGGCUGCACAGAAAUGUCAGGCGUAGCAGAAACCCGUAUAGUGGACCCAAAUUUGUCCAAGGCAGUUGCAGAUAUUGUAGUUGAGACAAACUCGGGUGCCUCAGAGAAAAUGCGUGACGCAAUAGAUCCGGUCGUUUGUACUCCGUCAUAGUUUAUUGUUCUAGAAUGAAUAAAUGAACAACUGCAACUGAUUUUAUAUGGAUAAAACACAAAGUCUUGGAAGUGUAACCAUCUGCUAACAGCUUUAUUUCGAUUUAUCUGAUGAACUAUUACAUGAGGAUAGACUUUAUCAUGUACUUUUUGAAAUCAAAUUAUAUACAGCCACAGUACUA